AUGUCUUCUGCAGUCGACAAUGGUGAUACUUCAGACCUGUCCCUAAGAAAGGCCCCUGAGCCAGGCACUGGACUUGCGCCUACGCCAGCUCUUGGCCCCGCGCCUACAUCAGAAGUCGCUCCGCCAGCUUCCAAAAAGGAGCCUCCCCCUGAGAGGCCAACCGACACGCGACGACGUUCAUGGGUCAUCGCAUCGUUCUGGAUCAUUGUAGUCUGUCUCGGUCUGCCGAUAUGGUGGCAUACGACGAGCAUUUACAGGGCCAACCUGCCCGUGGAAAAGAUGCUAGAGUGGGCUGAUGGCAAGGCUUGCCGACCUGUUUUCCCACUUCGAAUCUCCAUAGAUCCUGGCAGCCUGCAAGAGCAGGAGGCAGAAAACCUACUCCGCUUGACUCAACAUGCGCUUGACGAUCUCAACGACUUCUCUGGCCAUCACUUGAGACUUCAGCUUGCGCAGAAAGGGGGAGAACUGAAGCAGGAUUCUAAUGUCGCUCUGACCAUUCGUCUCAGUCCCGGAGAGUCGACUCACACAGCAACAUCCUCAUUGCACCCACACGUCCCUGUACUGGAUGUUUCGUACCCGCCAAACUCGAUCCCAACCGCCAACUCGCCCUCUUCUGGGCUGGCUACCUACCUUGCGGCACAGUUACGCUCGACCUUUUCCGAAGAGCAGAACAUCAUAUCGUACCUGCUCGAGACGUCGAAUGUCAAUAUGGAACAGCGUCCGAAAGCCGUCUCGCAAGACGUCGCGGAUUCCUUGUCUAAGCGCAUGACGAGGUCUCUCAAGUACUCGAGGACCUAUCACCUGACAUUCUCCUUGUUCACGAAUGGGCCCUCGCCGAGCAGCUGGGAAAUCGAGGCCGCGAUCGACAAAUACAUGCGGCCCGUCUUGGAUAUGCUGGCUCCUAUUCACAACUUCACUAUUGAUACCCAGGUACAGCUCUACGCGGCGCCGGGAGUUCAAUCACAGGUGCUCAGCAAAGAGGACCUUUCCUCUUUCAUCAACGCAGCGGAGUGGCCUCUUUCCCCUUCAAUUGGCGGUGCUCCUACCGUCAACUUCGUUGUGUAUACUGGAAACCAGACCAUAGGCACCGAAGCUUCGGAAACGUCCCAAUCGUGGCUUAUUCCUCAAUGGGGCUCAGUUUACCUAUUGGCGCCACCAUCUAGCCCCGACGUUUCCGCAGACACCCUCAAACAACCAGUCUUGACUUUUACAUCACACCUCCUUUCGCUCCUCGGUACCCCGCAGUCUGGCUCCCUGCCCCUGCGUUUGUCCACCUUGACCCGCAUAAGGUCUGCCGACUUGCUGCUGCGGGCUUCUUCAUCACUUGGGUCCCUGGCACGGCUAUCACUUGCUCUGAAGAGCAUUUCUAUUCCGUCUAGGGUUGCCGAGGGUGUAGCCAAGUCCAUGCAUCAUCUGGAGUUGGCAUGCUCGAGCCUCGGAAAUCCAGAAAGUCUAGAACAUGCGCGUAUUGCCGAGGCAGAAGCUGAGCGGGCUUUCUUCGAGAAGAGCAUGGUUGGGCAGUUAUACUUCCCAGAUGAGCACAAGGUAGCUGUCUAUCUGCCGUUGUUGGGACCAGUAGGUGUGCCGCUUGUCAUGGGCUUGCUGAACGAAUUCAAGGCAUGGAAGAAAAGACGUGGUCUAAAGGCGAAGACCGCAUAG